AUGAUUGUUUCUAGGUUCUACCUGCUCGGCUGGGCAGCAGCAUUUGCGAUUGCUUCUCCAAUUGCUGUUGAAACUCCUUUCAGCUGGAAGAAUACGGAAUACGUCUUCAUCGGAUCCCAGCUGAACAUCUCCUUCACGCCUGAGCAGCUCCUCGGCGACCGUAUUGUUCCGGGACAGAACACGUCUUCCGCCGGCGGACCUAAUUGGGUUCAAGAGCUCACUGGCUGCAAAGAGGGCCACCCUCGGGACUGCGAGAAGCAAUUGUGGGGAUUUGCAUAUGCCGGAGCUGAUAUUUCGACUACCUUUGUCCCUCUGCACUGGAACCAUACUAUCUCAUAUGAGAAACAGAUUGAACAAUGGGACACCUACGGCAAGUCGAUCAUCAAUGCCGAUCCCGCAAAGUCGCUCGUGGCCUCCUACAUUGGAAUCAAUGAUAUCAACGACAUGGCCAAUUUCCAACUCCCUGUCAAUGGGCUGAACAGCUGGGAAGAACUGUACACUGCAGUUGUCGCCGAGCAGUUUGCAGCCUUAGAGACGGUGUACAAAGCCGGGCAUCGCAACUUUUUGUUCCUGAACUUGCCUCCGCUCGAUAAGAACCCCGCAUCGCAACUCAACCCAGCCCGUCUUCCAAGCACCGACAUGAUGAAGACAUUCAACAGCGUAGUCAACCAGACCGUAAAGGCGUUCUCAGAAAAGAAUCCCGGCUCGACUGCGUUGGUCUUUGACACGUACAGCUGGCUUACACAGGUCUUCGAUAUCGCGGCGUCGUAUGGGUUCACCAACACAAGCUCUUUCUGCCCUAGCUACAAGGCGUGGGACAUUGAUACGAACUACGCCGCGUACGGGUGUCAGCCGAUUUACGAGUACUUCUGGUAUAAUUCGGGUCACAUUACAUACCAUGUCCAUGAGAUUCUAGCGCAAAAAGUGAAGGAGUUUCUAGUUCAGAAGAGCGCGAGCGCAUGUGGUGGGAAGAAUCAGACGUUGAGCGCCUGGGGGACGAGAUGGAUUGGCGGGAAGUCAACCUGA